AUGGCGGCGGUAACCUCGGCGGCUGCGCCCACACAAGGGCACGGCGGCGUGACCAAUCCUCCUCUCGGCGGCGCUGUUGCCGGCUCCUCUACACAAGGGCACGGCGGCGUGACCAAUCCUCCUCUCGGCGGCGCUGUUGCCGGCUCCUCUGCCGCCGGCUCCUCCUCUGGCGGCCCCUCCUCUGGCGGCCCCUCCUUCUCGGCCCAGGCCCGCGCGCUGUACGUCUCCUCGUCGGCAAAGGCGGGGAUGGACGGUGUCGACAGCGAGAAGAUUGCAGAGAUUGUGCUUCAGACGGCCGCCAACUCGCCCUUCACCGCGCACCAGCGCAAGCUCGACAGGGCCGUGGACCGGCGUGUCGCGAAGCUGCUCGCCGCCAAGCGCAAGGUCUCGGAGCCCGAGCGCGCCGCCGCCCGCGCGACGGUGGCGGCGCGGCGCGCCGACCUCGAGGCCUCGCGCCGGCUCGAGCGCGUGUGCGUCGUGGUCGACUUUGAUCAGUUUUACGCCGCGGUGGCGAUGCGCGACCGGCCCGAGCUGGCGGAGAGGCCCCUGGCGGUGGGCGGCGCGCUGGUGCUGACGGCCAACUACGUCGCGCGCCGGUGGGGCGUGCGGAGCGGGCAGCCCGGCUUCGUCGCCAAGGAGCUGUGCCGGCAGCUGACGUUUGUGCCGGCCGAGUACGAAAAGUACGCCGAGGUUGCGGCGACGGCGAUGGAGGUGUACCGUGAGUACGACCCGGCCGUCUCGUGCGGGAUGGGGUACGACGAGUGCUCGCUCGACCUGACGCACUACCUGCGGCGGCGCGUGCGGGACGCGACGGGCGGGCUGACGCUCUCGGCGCGUCGCCGCACUGCUCUCUGCUUCUCGACGUCUGAUGAGUGUCUCGUGGCUCCAUUUGAUCAGGCCGGCAUCGCGCCCAACUUUCUGCUCGCAAAGAUGGGCGCCGACGUCAACAAGCCGGACGGGCAGCACACCGUCUCGCCGACGGUAGAGGCGGUCCUCGCUUUCCUUUCGGCCACGCCGACGCGCAAGGCGCCCCCGCCCUCGGCCGCACACCACGAGGCUGCCCCGAGGUCAUGCGCUACAGCUCGGCUAUACCUCGGCAUCUCGCGGCUGCAUCUCGGCUAUAUCUCGGCUACACCUCGCGGCUACAUCUCGGCUACAUCUCGGCUACAUCUCGGCUACACCUCGUGGCCAGAGCGGGGCGGCGACGCGGGCGCGAUGCAGAAGGGCAUCUCCUUCUCCGACACGUUUGGGUCGAGCGACGAGCCUGCGGCGCUGCGCCGCCAGCUGUGGACGAUGUGCGAGGGGCUCGGCGCGAGCAUGCUGGCCGCGGGGCUGGUUGGCGAGAAGCUCACGCUCCGGCUCAAGGACUCGAGCUUCGAGGUGCGGUCGCGCGCCGCGCCGCGCGGCGCCGCGAUCGGCAGCGCGGGCGAGCUGUACGCGCGCGCGCUGCCGCUGUUGGAGAGGGAGCUG